AUGGCUAGCGUGCUCGGCGAAGAGAAAUCGACCAAGGGUCAGAGCGACACGGAUGGCCAGGAGCUCGGCCUGAGCCCUUCAGGCCGUCGGGUCGUGGCCAGGCAAGAUGACGCUCCGUACGACGAAGUCUUCGGCAAGGUCACGGACGACGGUCCCAACUAUCGCGGUCUCGGGUGGAAGGGCACCGUCAUCCUGAUGAUGAAGACCCAGAUCGGCCUUGGCGUCUUGUCCAUGCCUCAGACAUUUGACAACGUCGGCAUGAUUCCGGGCGUUCUGCUUCUCCUUGCCGUCGCCGCGAUUGCCACCUGGACCAGCUGGGUGGUUGGCAUGUUCAAGCUCAACCACCCUUCCGUCUACGGCAUCGACGAUGCUGGCUACAUCAUGUUUGGCCGGGUCGGACGCGAGGUCUUGGGGACCUUUUUCUGUCUCUUCUGGAUUUUCUGCGGAGGAUCGGGUAUACUUGGAGCUUCGAUCGCCCUGAACUCGAUAUCGCUGCACGGCACAUGCACCGCCGUGUUCGUCGUCAUCGCGGCCAUCGCUUCCGGCGCGUUGGCAAGCGUUCGUACGUUGAGCAAGAUCAGCUGGCUGGCGUGGGCCGGCAUGGCUUUCAUCCUCGCUGCAAGUAAGUUCAUCACCCUGGACUCCCAUCUUCCUCUUCCUCUUCCGCCCCCCUCCCAGCAGCCAUCUCUGACCGCGUACGGUCGCCUCCCAGUCUUGACGGUCACGAUAAGUGUCGGCGUUCAGGAUCGCCCGACCGAUGCCCCGCCGGGUCCUUGGAAGUCCGACUACAGACUCUUUGGAGACCCUACCUUCGCCCAAGGAGUGUCCGCGGUGUCCACCUUCAUCUUCUCUUGCUCCGCAGCUCCGGCGUACUUUGCCAUCGUGGCCGAGAUGCGCGACCCGAAGAAAUAUACCCGGUCUCUCAUCAUUGCGCAGAUUGGUUCUACCAGCAUCUACCUGGUCAUUGCCGUUGUCAUCUACUACUACUGCGGAUCCUAUGUGGCCUCGCCUGCUCUCGGGUCGGCCGGUCCUCUCGUCAAGAGAGUUGCGUACGGGCUGUCCUUGCCCGGCCUCCUCAUAACGACGUGCAUCUUUCUCCAUCUGCCAGCCAAAUACAUCUUCGUCCGGAUCCUGAGAGGCUCUAGGCAUCUCAGUGCCAACACAGCCGUACACUGGGGCACGUGGCUUGGCUGCACCGUGGGGACGACCUUGAUCGCAUACCUGAUUGCUAGCGGGAUCCCGAUCUUUGGCGACCUCGUAUCGCUUAUUGGAGCCUUCCUGGGGGCUUCCCUGGGCUACCAGCCACCCGGCUUCAUGUGGCUCUACGAUAACUGGAAGACGGACAGGCGUACGUGGAAGUGGUACACGCUCGUCUCCUGGAGCGUGUUCCUCGUCGUCGUCGGGACAUUCUUGACCGUCGGUGGCACUUACGGCGCUGUCAUCAACAUCAUCAAGUCGUUGGACGCUGGCGGGACGUCCAAGCCUUGGGCCUGUGCCGAUAACUCAAACUCGGUGUAG